GGGGGACUCGUGAUGGGGUUAUGGGACUAGGCCCAGAGCCUAAUCGGCCCAGGCCCCGAACUUGGACCAGCGGGCCCAAGCCCAGCAACCCAGAGCUCGAGUCAGCCCAACCAACCAGGGCAAUCAAGGAGCGGAAGCCCAACUGGGAGCCUGCGGUCCAGCCUACCCGGAAGCAUUCCUUCCAGCCUACCCGGGAGCCUGCGGUCCAGCCCAACUGGGAGCCUGCGGUCCAGCCUACCCGGGAGCCUGCCUUCCAGCCCAGUGGGGAGCCUACCUUCCAGCCUAGCCAGGAGCCUGCCGACCACCAGCCCAGCUGGGAGCCUGCGGUCCAGCCCAGGUGGGAGCCUGCCUCCAGCCCAACGGGGAGCCUGCCUUCCAGCAUACUCGGGAGCCGGCCUUCCAGCCUAGCCAGGAGCCUGCCGACCACCAGCCCAGCUGGAAGCCUGCGGUCCAGCCCAGCUGGGAGCCUGCGGUCCAGCCCAGCUGGGAGCCUGCGGUCCAGCCCAGGUGGGAGCCUGCCUCCAGCCCAACGGGGAGCCUGCCUUCCAGCAUACUCGGGAGCCUGCCUUCCAGCCUAGCCAGGAGCCUGCCGACCACCAGCCCCGCGGGGAGCCUGCGAUCCAGCCCAACUGGGAGCCUGCGGUCCAGCCCAGGUGGGAGCCUGCCUCCAGCCCAACGGGGAGCCUGCCUUCCAGCCUACCCGGGAGCCUGCCUUCCAGCCUACCCGGGAGCCUGCCUCCAGCCCGGUCAGAAGCCUUCCUCCAGCCUAGCGGGAAGCCCACCGUCCAGUCCAGCAGGGGGGGAGCUCAAGCGUCCAGCCUGCCAGCCAGGCUGACCUGCCA